AAUAAUGACACUCCAAGCAAAUAUGGCACUCCUAAAAUACGAUGAUAAGAUAAGAAAUAUAUUUCAUGUUUUUUCGCUUUAAGGUUAAGGAUUCUAACAGUUGAGGUCAGAACUAGAAGAUGAUCGCCUUGCCAAUACUUCUAUCCAUUGUCGCCCUGUGUUUCAAGCUGUGCAGUGCGGCUAACUGUGGGUGCGCAACACAGCCCCUUCACGUGAGAAAGGGCGCGGGCUUGCAUUAUGGACUAGAAGGAACCAUGGCUAUAGGGCAGUGUGUUACUGUACACAGUGAUCGACACACUGCGAAUGGAUACACCUGGGUUCAUAUCAACUACAAUGGGAAGUCCGGUUAUGUUGCAAUAAAUUGGCUGAGCAUUCAUCCUUGUGCUAAUUCUGGACACAUUAACACACAACUUCAGUUGCAUGGCUGCCCUCAUAUAACGACACGUGCGGAGUGGGGAGCCAGACAUCCGGCGUACACAAUCGGUCACAUGCCUGGUCCUGCCAAAUAUAUUUUUAUCCACCACAGUGUCACAGCCCCGUGUACCACGCCCAGUGCGUGCAAGGCAGAAGUGAAACAGUUCCAGAACUACCACAUGGACGGGCACAAGUGGCCCGACAUAGGAUACAGCUUCGUGAUUGGAGAGGACGGACAUGUCUAUGAAGGGCGAGGAUGGGACACAAUUGGAGCUCACACGUAUGGCUACAACUCAGUUGGCCUAGGUAUCUGUAUUAUUGGAAAUUACAUGGAGAGGAUACCCAACAACGCGGCGCUUAAUAAGAUCAAACAGUUGAUAACCUGUGGCGUGCAGAAUGGCAAAAUCAAUUCCAAUUACAUUUUGAGAGGACACCAGGACAUGCCCAACAACCCUACGGCUUGUCCGGGAAAAAAACUGGAGGACCUUAUUCACACGUGGCCCCAUUUUUAAUGACAGUGCUAUUUAAUAUAAUACAUUUCCAUAGGAAAUAAAAUUACUGGUAACAGCC